AUGUGACAGGUCACAGCAUGAACCUCCUUCUCGUAUUCUGUAUGUACCGAGGUCCAAUCGACUGACAGCGUUCGAGCUCAUGGGAAGCUUACACGCCAAUAGCGUAUAGACAGGCCCCCCAUGACGACGGCGCCUUCAUGUUCAGGUCAGGCCUCUUAUCGUUUGUAAAAGGCGCCCAGGCUUGGCUAGCGCUUCUUUUCGUUUUGAUCCUUCUUUUGUUCCAUCGAGUCGUUGUAUCCUUUCCACCACCGUUUCGUACCCAGUACGCCAGUCGCUCCCUUGUGCAUACGCUCCUUUGCUAUUCCUCGAAAAGAAAAACAUAUUUCGGUGACGCGAAACCCUCGUUGUUUCAUCUGAUACUCAAUGCUAGUGUCGGCAAUCAUCCUCUUCAUUUCUACCUUUCUGUCAUUCACCACUGCCAGUACGCAUGGCCAUCUGAAGCGUGACCGUCAUCAAGAUCUCGCGCAGUGGGCAUGAGGAGACGUUGGCGUGCACAAACGCUCUUUUGACAACGCGCGUUUCACCUUUUAUGAUGUUGGCUUGGGUGCUUGUGGGCAGUAUAGCU